AUGGCGGCGGCUCAACCAUUGAGGCAAGCUUCGAAACAAAUCGACCAGAUCGACACCCAAGUCGCCCUGGGUGGAAAAGCUCACGAGGGCGGCGGUGCCAUGGUGCACGUCUUCCUCUACGGGGCGACCAACACCGUCAUGGACUUCAUCGUGCUCGGCCGGCACUCUGGCGCACAGGCCGUGGCCAGGGGAAUGCCGCCAGCCAAGAACAAAAUCGGAUGUAUCAUCGGGCGCUUCGACAGCGCGGAGGAACCCACGGCCGCCCUGAUGAGACAGAUGGACGAAAUCACAGACGCAAAAAUCGUCCGGCAGGCGGAGGUCUACCGCAUGACGCUGGUUGGUUGUGAGUGA